UUUCCCCCUUCAUUAUCGUCAGCUGCUUUCUUCACUGUGCAAUUCUUCUCCCUGUUCCCAUCUUUCUUCUCUUUUAUACUUUUGGACUAUCACUUGGCGCACUUUAAUACCAGAAAAGGGGACAACGGUGACAAAGCUUAACGACAAACUCUGAUCAAUUUCGGGGUUUCGUCAUCGAAAUGGAGGGAAAACAGGGGUUGUCCCGUAGUCGGUCGCGAGCUAAAAGUCCGGCGAGGAGUGCAUCGCCAAUGUCGAGCUUAUUGCGGCGGAGGAGGAAGAACUACAGCCACCACUCGGAGCCGUUUUUCUUUAGGUCGGGGGGAUUGAGGCCGGCGGAAGCUUUGUCGCCGUUGAAAGAAGGUCCCGAUCCGGAUGGAACAGACGGCGAAGAUUCGAGGACGGAAGGUAGGUGGGCCCAGUGGAUGAAAGGUCAACUGUCACGCGGUCCUUCCGCUUCGUCUUCGACGUGUAAACGCUCCGAUCUGAGGUUGUUGCUUGGACUCUUAGGUGCGCCGCUUGCUCCGGUUCAUGUUAGUGCGUUGGAGCCAUUUCCUCACCUCAGCAUUAAAGACACCCCAAUUGAAUCUUCAUCUGCUCAGUACAUAUUACAGCAGUAUACUGCUGCUUCAGGUGGGCAAAAGCUUCAAAACUCCAUCCACAAUGCUUAUGCUAUGGGUAGGGUGAGAAUGGUAGCUUCCGAGUUUGAGACGGCCAACAAGGUCAACAAGAACCGGAAUUCUUCGAAAGUUGCAGAAUCCGGUGGGUUUGUUUUGUGGCAAAUGAAUCCAGACAUGUGGUAUGUCGAACUUGCUCUUGGUGCUAGCAAGGUUCAGGCAGGUUGCAAUGGGAAGCUUGUGUGGCGGUACACUCCUUGGCUCGGUGCACAUGCUGCUAGAGGGCCUGUUAGGCCACUCCGUCGAGCACUUCAAGGUCUUGAUCCGAGAACAACAGCGAGCAUGUUUACAAAUGCAAGAUGUAGUGGUGAAAAGAAUAUCAACGGUGAGGACUGUUUCAUCCUCAAGCUUUGUGCCGAUCCUGCGACAUUGAAGGCCAGGAGUGAAGGACCUGCUGAGAUCAUCAGACAUGUUUUAUUCGGCUACUUCAGCCAGAAAACAGGCCUUCUUGUGCACUUGGAAGACUCGCAUUUAACCCGAAUACAAAACAACGGUGGAGACGCUGUGUACUGGGAGACUACAAUCAAUUCAUUUCUCGAGGACUACAAACCUGUUGAAGGAAUAAUGAUUGCUCACUCGGGUCGCUCUGUGGUGACCCUAUUCCGGUUCGGUGAUACUGCAAUGAACCACACUCGCACCAGGAUGGAAGAAGCAUGGGAAAUUGAAGAAGUGGCAUUCAAUGUUCCAGGUCUAUCAGCGGACUGUUUCAUACCUCCAGAUGAAAUAAGAUUGGCUUCAAUGGCUGAAGCCUGUGAGUUUUCUCAGGGUCGGAGUGUAAAAACUACCGUGGCUGCUGCACCAUAUAGAGCCAAACUCGGUAAACUAGAUAAAAGUUCAUAACACAGUUUAUAAGAUGGAGAUUUAAAGAAGAGGGCUUUUGGCAAAGUUCAACGUAGCUUUUGACUAGACUUAAUAGUUUUUUUUACUUGACUAACUAAUUAGAAGGUAAAGUCGAAACUGUAGUGGUCUGUAAGAAUUUUGGUAUUGGAUAAUGCCGCUUUCAAAUUUGUAAAUACAGCAGGGUGAUCUUGGUACUUUUCGUAGGAUGAAAAUGUAUUAGUUAUCUGUAUUCUUCUUU